AUGAAUAUUUCUAAGAAUACAAUUAUCUUCCUUGUCCUAUGCAUCUUUAUCGUCUCUAGUGUUCUUGCUCAAGGUUCCGGUGGACCUGGACAACCAACUGGACCCAAUGGACCUGGUGGACCUGGAGGACCAACUCCUGGACCAAAUGGACCUGGAGGACCAACUCCAGCAGGACCUGGACCUGCUGGAGCUCCAACUGGAUCUGUACCUGUCGGACCUGCUGGUGCUACUCCAACAGGCCCUGCCGCAGCUCCAGCAGGCGCUGGUCCAUCUGGUGGUCCUGCACCAGCUCCUUCACCCAAUGCACCCGCUUCUUCGCCCAAAUCUCCAUCGCCUUCUAAUGCUGGUUCUGCACCAUCUGGCUCCACCAGCGCUCCCAGCGCGGGUGCUGCUUCAAGCGUUCGUGCAAACUAUUUUGAAUUGAUCACUGGAUCCUUUGUUGCUUUAUUCAUUGGAGCUUUAUUAUAUUAA